AUGAUUCAUCCGAUGCUCGACGAGGACCACGCAUCUGCUUCGAAACUGAAUGCUCGGAGUCGUUAUCUCGGGCAAUCGGAAUCCACUAAACUCAAGUUUAUCCAGCAGACAAGCCCGCAACAUUCUACAUCCCAUCUCAUUGAAAAUCCCUAUUUUACUGACGGCCAUGUGCAAGGGAUACAGGGCAAAGGACUCCAACACCUGAGGCCUGAGGGAGGGACACUCGGUUGGAGAUACAAUCUAGCUUCCACUGAAACCAUCACAAUCAUCCAACACCUCCUCCAUCCUCCUCCUCCUCCUCCUCCCCGUAUGGCCGACGCGCACAAUCACCCUACUUUGUACUACCCAGAUGGGAACUUGGUCAUAGUCUGUCGAGCCAAUGACGGGACUCCUACGUACUUCCGGAUUCACCAAGGCUUCUUGUCCGCCCACUCCCCUGUCAUACGUGACAUGCUCACCUUGCCAAACCCUACCGAGCACUGUGAAACUCAUGAUGGCGUGCCUCUGAUAGACUUACAUGAAGAUCCGGCGGAUAUGACUAUGUUUUUGUCGCUUUUCUAUCAGUUUCACGACAACUGCUUAAGUUCCAACAACCCCGAUGUUGCUUUCGAUCUUUUCGGAGUUUUACGCCUGGCGGAUAAGCUCAUGGUUGACGACCUGAAGGCGAAGAUUCUUGCGCGCAUUAGAGAAGAUUGGCCGACAACUCUGGCUGCCUGGGAGGAAAGGAGGUGGAAACAUUAUCCGGCACCGUCGAAAUACGUUUGGAACGACAACGACAUACCCUUUCCCGAUCCAUGCUCAGUCAUCCGUGCAGCACGCCACUUUGACCCCAGUCUCCUUACACCCGUCUUGUUUUUUGAGCUUUCCAGGCAAGAUCCCUUCAUGGGACAUGGCGCAAAGAUUGAACCGCACCUACAGCGAGGGCCUGGUGCUCGUUGGGAGCUCAUUCAACAGGGAGAUAAGGAUUGCGCGGAAAUGGGUUGUCAGCGCCUACAACAAUGGCUUCACCCCCGCUUGCCUACGCUCAAUGAACGCUGCCCCAAGAUCCACUCGGAGUACGACAUGGUUGUAUGCAACGGAUACUAUGAACAACUUUCAUCUGCUAUGCAAUGCAGGAUUUUUACAGGAUCCGACCCCUUCAAAGUCUUGCAGCAAAACAUCAGCCCAGAAUUAACGCCAGAUUGUCCAUACCCCUUCUGUGAAAGUUGCGCGGCAUAUUGGGACGAAACGCUUAGGCAGUUACGUGACUCUCUUUUCGCGGAGCUGCCUAACUUUUACAAAAUUGAUUUGGAGCUUACAUAG